GAGGACACGCCCUUUUUUCACAGAUUCACCUUUCCACACGCAAGUGUGGCUUUACUCGUAUUACCAGGGGAUAGGGAACAUAGAGGUUACUGUCACAUUCAGCCUCUGCAGUUAACUUGACAAAUUGUGGCGAUAUUCAAGGAGGAACUCUCCGUUCCUGUUUUUUUUUUUUUGUUGUUUUUUGUUGUUGUUUUUUUUCUGUCAUAACUGACUGAUGGAAAGGGCAUCCUGCUAGGGUGCCAUGUCCUUCCUAACAAGCCCGGGAGCUGCAGUCAGUUAACAGAUAACUUCACUCAUUAAGAGGACAGACGCUGCCAGCCUCAGCUACUGAUGGCCUUCUUUCGGCAGCUGCAACUUCUUCUCUGGAAGAAUGGGUUGACAGUCAUCAGACAGCCGCUAUGGUCCCUGACUCUGAUCAUAUGGCCUCUGAUCAUCUUCAUCAUCGUUGCUGUGACCCGCAACCAGUACCCUCCAAUAAUAAGAGAUGCAUGCUAUGUGGGACCCCGAAACCUUCCCAGCACAGGCUUCUUCCCUUUCCUGCAGACCCUCAUGUGCAACACAGACAGCACAUGUCAUAACAAAUCACGCCUGGUGGACCCAACUGCAUCAAAGACAUCUCACAGAUCCUCAAGGAAAAAAAGAUCGGAUUCUCCGCUGGCAGACUUGAUUCAGGGGAAUUUCAACUUUUCUUUACCUCAGGACUCCGCCAAUGGUCCUGCAGCACUGAUUGAAGUCUUGAACAACAUUUUAGGUUCGUCUUACCCAGGAACGUCUAAUAAUGUCUCUUUCAACAACGGCCCCAGCACCACUCCUCUUGAAAAUCAGGAGAACUUGAACAAAAUACUGGAGACCGUGUCCAUGUUGAAAAGAGCCAUCUGCACCAUCACGCUGCCCAUGAUAAACCAAACCUCACCUCACCUCACUGAUGCUGUGGUCACUUUCUGCAAGUCAAACAACACUUUGCUUGAGUCUUCAAUCACCACACUCAAUAAGAUAUUGAUGGAGCUGAUGCUGGCAAAACCAAAUGAGACGAUGACCUCGGUCGGGAUGGCGGUAUUGGCGUUCAAUCAGCUGCAAAAUCAGACCUCAUUGUGGGACACCCUGCUAUCUAUACCCAAGCUGUUCUCUUCUGGUUCUGUUGACCAAGCGCUGAGCACCACCGAGGCCUUACUCACCAACAUACAAGGUGCUUUACGUGUCAUCCAGAGCAAUUUCCCUGAAGUCGGUGCCUCACUCUCCACAGUGCAUCCAGUGCUCGUUGGAGGCAUCAGCCUGCUUCGCUAUGUUCGAAACUGGCCUGGCAAAGAUGUGUCCAUUCCCCUCGGAGAUGUUAUCAUAUUGCAGAAUGACUCACUAAGUGACAUGGUGAAACGUGUUCUACAAGAGGUCCAGAUACCACUGGACAAGGCUAUCGCCCUGACAUUGGACAAAGACAUGGUGCGUUCCUACUUGUGUGACAACAGCAGUAACCCGGUGUGGCUAACUGCAGCCUGCAAUACGGGAACUGUAGGCAUGCUUCUGCGCUGGAUCUCCCCUGACCUGGUGGCAAAGCAGGCUCUUCUGGCAUGGAGUAGGCAUGUUGCCUCUCAUGAUCUGUCAUUCGCUAAAGGGCUGCUGCACAGUCUGAUGGGAGGUGUAUCCUCAGGAGGACAAGGACGAUCCAACAUCACGGGGGCCCAGGGUAGCAUAGAUACAGAACCGCAAAACAUUGAGGAGGAGCUGUUUUUGAGGGUUGGUCAAGUGAUGUUGGAGAUUAUAAAAAUGGUGCCUGAGGUGGAUAUGGUUGUCCAGAAAACGCUCAGGACUGUCUUCCAGUCCAUGAAGUCAGCAACACUAACCCUUGACACUGUUGAAGAAAUUAUCGGGAAUGUCCUGAAAGAUGCUGAUCAACUCAAAAUGACUUUUCUAACCUUGCUGACGAACCAGUCUCAGGCAAGCGUUUGGGCUAGUCGUGUCCUGGGAAGUGUGAUGGAAAUCACUAUGAAGACUUUGACAAAUGAGAGUUUAACCUGUCUGGAUAUCUUGGGUCCCUUUGAGUGGCUCUUUAGCACAAAGAGCAUAAAGAUCGAGGUGUGGAGAUCCAUGAUCUGCCAGAACAACUCUGCUCUAGAGCAAUCUCUCUUGAUGGAUUGGUACCCAUUGGUUCAGAAGGUGCAGGAGUUGUACAACAUUUUCACAGGCCAACCAAACUACAACGUAACACUUCCCAUGAUUCUCUCUGAGUGGCACAGGUUGCGCAAUAACAGUGUGCAGUUUGGAGUGUUUUGGGAAAAGCUGUGCACGUUGGGUGGAGCAUACUGGAUGAACUGGAUACCACAGAACAGCACUGAUGUUUCUGGAAUUCUUCAACAAAGUCUUUUCUUAUCCAUGGUGAAUUUUGGAGAAAAAAUUGAGAAGAGUCAACUGUGGCCUGUGGUAAAGAACUAUUUCCACAUAGUUUACUGGAUUUUGAACUACAAGCCUGGUGUCACAACUCCUCCAGCAAACUGUUCUGCUGACUUCUGCACCUCAGCCAUUAAUUGCAAUACUGGUUUGAACUGGCCACAGUUUACUAAAGCGAUGACCCAAGCUUUAAUGUCACCAAACCAAGACCUUCUAUUGAAUUGUCUCAAAGGAACUGUGAAUCUGUUGCAGCAUCUGUAUGGUAAUCAAUAUAAACAACUGGCACAAGCAUAUUUGAAACAAGAAAUCAAAGGUGGAGAUGCACUCUCUGCCUCCCUGCUGAAUCUGUUGCAAAACCUGGAUGCCUUUGUUCACCAAAUCUCCAUGCUUCCUGACAAAAACAUCUCAAACCCUUAUGUCCUGAUUCCCCUUGUCAGUAACCUGUUCGAGUCCACAGGUCUAAAACCACUGCUGCUGUUGCUCUUCAAUGAUGGUCCCCUCAAUGUCUCCACGGUGCUUGAUGUUGCCUCAAAGCUUGGGAGGCUCAACCAGCACCUCUUUACUUUCAAUGAGACAGACCCAACAAUGGCUGAGCUGGAAAGCUUGAUAAAGCAGUUCUUCUCCCUGGAGACUAACCUCACUGUGGUUGUCCCCCACGUAAUGGGACACACUCUUCUUACAUAUUCAGAGUACUUCCACCCUGAUGCUGUGGCCCGCUUGAGAGAAGCUAUCCAGCCUUUCAUUAACCAGACAUCAGCAGGCUUUGUAGAGGCUAUCCUCAGUGCCAUGGAGUUGCUAAAGAAAGUAAUGGAUAGUCCAGAUGGUGACCCAACUAACAUCAUUAUUGGGUACAUGCGGCAGCUUCAAGAAUUAGUGUUGUCUAUGUAUAGACUGCAAAACAUCCAGCAGCAUGUGUUACCAAAUGGGCAACUAAGCACUGCACAAAUCACUGACCUCCACCUGGUUUUAAACAACUUUCUCAGCCUCCUUAGCCCUGAGGGCCUCCAGAACCUGACUAAAAAUGGACCAGAUGCUGCACAGAACAUUGUUAUAGAGAAAUUCUUGGCAUUCAUUCCAUCUGCGGCCCGAGAGGAAGCUGGUCGUUUUCUCCGUGAUUUUAAAGCUCUGCAGUAUCAGGUAGCCAAAUGUGCAGGAGGUCAGAACUGUUUGGCUGGAAUCUCAGAAAUAUUCACAUUCCUGGAUCAGAUACUAGAAAUGAUGCUUUCAGCUAAUGCCAAUGCCACCAUCACAAUAGGUGUAACCAACUCUGUCAUGGGGAGACUGGAAUAUGAGGAACUUGCAUGCGCAUUCUUCUCACUCCUCCUGUCCUCAGAAGAUGCUGCCUAUGUCAAGACAUUCAAACAGGCUCUUCAUUUCAUCAGAAUGAUCAUGGCUACACCAAAUAUUACAGUUACUGAUGCUCAGAACGCUCUGAGACAGUCAAACCUAACUAUUGAGGAGCUGAACAACAUUGCUGCACUAGCUGGAGCUGCAAACAUAAGCGACCUGAUUGUAAAUAUAAUGGAGGUUAUCAAUGCUCACCAGUGUUUUGGAACACAGCUUAACCAGACAGUAACAGCCAAGUGUGUUAUGAGAUUGAUAGAUAGGGUCACCAGUUUUCUGAGACACCUACCUGCUCUCCACAAUGAGAAAGCUAUCCUCUCCCUCAUCCGUUCAAUCAUCAAUAAGAGUAUCAGUGAUAUAGUCCCAGUUAACUUCAGCUCCAACCCUAAUACAGCUCUUGUACAUGCCCUGAACAGCACCUUGGCCAACAUCAAGAUGAACCUCCAGCUGAACAACCUGAACACUACACAGAUCAUGAAUGAAAUCAAGGUACUGGAGGGCCUAAUACAACUUUUUGCCAACCCGGGACCACUUAACAACAUCAGCAUGACUAUGGACCCCACGUAUUCUCAGAAAGUAUAUCUGAUGAUCAUACAGUGGUACUUGAAAAGGGUGGAAAAUAUCACCAGAAACAGCUCAGUUUCAGAGAUCCUCCAGCCUCUUCUCUAUCUCACACACAUGCAAGUGACAUUACAGCUGGCACAGACUAAUUUCUCCUUAUACGUGAGUAACCAGGUCGAGUUCCUGAUAAACAACCUCCAGUAUCCGAUAGAUGGCGCAGGGGUGAUUAAAAUUGGGCAGACAACAGUUGAGAUUCUCCAGCAUCUAUUUGAAUUCAUAAAGUCAAACCUAGAGUUUCAGAAGAGUAUGUCAGGUUCUGCAUCAUGGCUCAACACAACCAUUCUACAUACCGCUGAGCUCCAAGUGAAACUAUACCUCAAUGUCAUACAGAAGUGGAUGAAACAACCCAAUGUCACAAUGGUCCUCACUAGUAUACUCCAAUGGAGAAACUCCAACAUGAGCAUCUCAACCCCUGUGACAGACCUCCAUCGCCUGCUGCAGACAAUGAGCAGUAUUCUCGGUGAUGAUCAGCUGGCCCACCUCUCCGUCAUUAGCAACAUCAGCCAUUCCUUGAACAAAGCUCUAUCGGUGGCAGAGCAACCAGGUGGUCUACAGAGUGACCAAUUCUUAGCUGCCAUCUUGGAAGCAGUCCGAAAUGCUAUGCAGGUCCUGUCUGGCGCCACAACCCCCCUGCCGCUCGCUGUACAGCAGAACAUCCUGGAAAUCGUGCAGGACUCACUUAAGCUCAUUGUUCAACCAAACAUCAGUUGUGCCUCAUCACGAAACAUCUCGCUCACCAUCCUUAAGAGGGCUGAGAGUGUCAUCAAACAGACAGUACCAGAAAUGUACGCUGUAUACCUUCUUUCAGGUAUCAGAGUUGCAAUCACAUAUUUUGAGACCAUCUCCACAGGCGGUGGACCAGACAAAUGGAAUCAGAUAAUUUUGAAUGAGAUGAAGACAGUCCAGAGCCUCCUGCCACCAAACUGCACAUCCAAGAUGUACAUUUCUGUCCUCAUUAACAUCACUCACUUCAUCUUGGAGUCUGGCCAAGGAAACACAAGUCUCUGGGCAAGUUUUGAGAGUGCAUCAGCAGAAAAUUUGCCUGUAAUCAUUGCCCAGAUGGGCAAACUCUUGAACGUGCUUUGGCCACUUGUCAUGGGAGGCACUGGCUCACAUCAACCUCCUCCAUCACUGAAGGCCUUUGCUCAUCUUGCUCCAGUCCUGGAGCAGCUGAUGACUGGGAAGGCAGACCAAGACACAUGGGACAAACUUGAAAAGAUUCUAAAAGCCCUACUGUCAACCCUCAAUGGAACGGAGGUAUUGGACAGUGUCCCAUCUGUUAUUCCACAGAUUGAAAAAAUCAUUGGAAGUAUGGUGAAAAGCAUGCAAGCACAGAAUGUGCUGAUACUAAGCCUUCAAAUGCCUGUGGUAACCCUGAUGAGAGAAAUCUCACAGUCUGUUAACACCAGUCAUCUUAACCUGUCUGUGAUCACCGAAAGAAUGCAGCCUUCCAUUGAACGCACGUUGCAGGCAGCUCAGCAGGCCAAUGGCACAUUGGAGUGCAGUGAAGCUCUCAAAAUAUGGGCGCCAGUCAGAGAGGCAGCCGGUUUAAGCCACCACGCCAUGGCUAUGUGGUGCAACAUCAGCCUACAGCCAGUUUUUGAGGCCUAUAAUGAGGCUGUCAACACCAACCUGAACAUGAGUCAUAUGGGUGGGAGACCAAUGACUGUGAACGCCACUGUUGCCAGGAUCGUCAAGAUUUUACAUUAUCUCUACCAAGCCGGCAUUAACCAAACACGUGUGACAGAGCAGCUCUUGAUGACUUUCACCAGCCAGCUCUCUAUGCUGGCAGGCAAGCCACUGAGCCCUGAGGCUAAACUUAACUUGUACAACGAGUUCCAGAAGAUGCAGUUGCAAAGCAGUUUGUCUUCCAUCAAAAUGGUCUCGGAUGAUCUCAUUCGUGAGUUCCCAUUCCUCCAGCCUUACAUUAAGGCUGUAGGGAAAGCACUGAGUCACAUCCUGAACAACUACCAUCUCACUCAAAACAGCAGCUCAUGCCAGAAACUCUUCAGAGAAGCAGCAAUGAUUCUAACUGCAAACAUCACCUCCAACCACAUAUCCGCCAUGAUGUGGGGAAAUUUUUCCGGACUCACUGAAGCAUCAGUUACUGCCAUAAUGAGGGAGGUUGUCAAAUUGAUAAUCGACAUGAAGAUAUUUGGGAAUGUGCCUAUGGUUCAGCGAGCCUUGAAGCAAUUUCUGACCUCCAAUGACACAAGCUUGAUUGUGCAGAAGUUGACCGAAAUGUCUGCAUGGUUGGCCUCCACCCAAGCGUCUGGACUGGACCUGCUGACUCAGGCUUUGCCCAAAAUCUGUGACAUUCUCAGGCCUCUCUUGUCUGUUCUGAGCCAGAUGGGUGUGGACAUGCCAGCAAACAUGGAGCUGUUUGAAGACCUAGUUGGAAACAUAACUGCAAUGGUCAAGCAGAUCCUAAGCACAAGUGGCACUCCAGCCUCUAUGUACCCACAUCUGAGUAUGUUUCAGCAUGGAAUGACAAGUGGUAACCAUGCGAUGAGGAGCCGACAUAGACGCGAGGCCCCGUUGAUGCCAACAAGACAACCAAUGGAUGACUUCAUAUACCUUUUCCAAAUUAACUACCCAGCCAUGUUCAAAGCCAUCUCUGUCCCUCCUAGUACAGCAGAAAUUAUGGAGACAGUUCACGUGUUCUUCGCCAAUCCUGAUCUGAAUGUUGUGGUGAAGGGAGCUACAAGCAACAUGCCGUGGGGCUUGAAUGCCUCUCGAGAAGACACCGUUGAUGCUGCCCUCGGGGUGUUCUCCUUCCUCACUCUCCCUGGUGCAUAUCAGAUGACAUCAAUGGAUCUCCUGAUGAAUGCAGUUCAUAUGCUUCCCGAUGCCUUUCCAUUCGCCUCGCUGCUGAAGAAUAUCACCACAGCACUUGCCAGUGAAACACAGGAGAACCUCAUCCUCAUGCAACAGACCAUCCAAACAGUCACUGAGCUCGUCCAGAUCAACCCGACGGACCCACGUUUUGCCCAGCUACUCGGCCACCUGAAAUCCCAGGUAUGCACCUUGGAGAAUACGACAACUGUGCGUCUGUUGCUGGGUGCCUUCUCCAUUCAGCCUGGUCAGCUGUGUCACACUUUCAUACCCAGCCUGCAGGCCUUGGUUGAGAGUCUGAACAUUACAUCUCUGACCGAUGCCAUCUUCCAGACCACCGUUGGAGACCCUAAAACCUACAAUAUCCAGUCUGACUGGGGGAAUGUGUUGAGUCAAGCUUUAAACUUUAAUGCCAGCAACCUGAAGUCUCUCAAAAUUAACAUCACCUCCCCAGGAGUUGUGGCUGUCGGUGAGCUGCUGAGAAAUAAAACAGCCUUCCUCAUGGAUGUUCAGCGACACAUGGAUUUUGAUCCUGCUGCUCUUCGCCUCCUGUUGGAAACCACUCUACCAAACAACAAUUUAGUGAUCCUGUCCUGGUUGAUCAACCUGCGUCACUGCAACUCCACUCCACCCAUGAACAUGACAGAGACAGAUGUGGUCAUCUUAAAGACCUUCUGCUCCAUGUCUGUUGAACAAUGGUACAGCUUCUCACUGCUGAUGGCUCGCCAUCUCAACAUGGAGAAAGUCAUUUACAGAAUGGUGUUGUCUGAAGAAAUGCAAAGCUUUGUGGGAGUUAUGCUUCAGCUGGCUGAGGUUAUAACCAACAUGAUGAACACGUUCCUUCCUGCCAUUUCUAAGCUGCAAACCUACCUGUUCUCCAUCUCUGACCUCAACCUGGUGGCCAACAACGAAUUCAACGAGAUGAUGAGAGGACAGAGAUCCAGCAUGUCCAGCAAAGCUACGUUUGUCACCCUCUCUAGAGCAUUGUGCAGUAACGGUAUCCUGGCUCUGUUUGGACUCUCCAGACUCCCCAUCGAGUCUGAAUCAAGCUCCUCCUUCUCCGACAACAAAAGGGAGGAGAUGAUCGAGAAGUUCAAGAUUCCACGAAAUUCCAGUCCCUUCUGUAUGAACAUGUACCUGGACAUGGUCAACACAACAGGAGGAGCUAUCGCCUGGGCGUUCCUCAAACCAAUGCUGAUGGGACAAAUUCUCUACACCCCUGACACACCCGUCACCCGGGCCAUAAUGGAGAAGGCCAAUGCAACCUUGCAGGAGUUUGCAAAUCUAAGGAAGCACUCCAAGGACUGGAUUGAAUCCUCCAACUACAUCAUAAACUCUGCCCAACUACUCACCCAGACUCUGCCAAUGCUGCAAAAUUCCCUGAGCAAUUCCUUUGUGAAGAACUUCAUUGAGAUGCAGACAGACAUCAAUGUCGACGAAAUGAAGGAGACGCUCAGCAAGUUCUCCAACAUGACCGACCUGCUGGAGAAGAACAAGCCCGUACUGAAACAGAUCACCACCUUGUCCACCCUGAUGGUCGACCUCUCCUCCUGUAUCAAGUUUGACCGCUACCGUGGCUUCGACUCUGCCGACCAGCUUAACGCUAGAGCUCAUGACCUUGCCACGAAUCGGAAUCUCUACGCAAGUGUCAUCUUCAAGCUUCCCAAAGACCAAGACUCAUCCAGGAAACGUCAUGCCAGGUCGUCCUCCUCCGCAUCCUCCCUGCCUCCCAAAGUCAGCUACACCAUCCGCAUGCACAUGGACAACGUCAUGCGAACUGACAGAGUCCGGGACCCCUAUUUCGUGAAGGACCCACACAUGUUGGCCAGGCAGACGCUGCGUUACAACCGGGGCUUUGUGUACCUACAAGAGAACAUCGAUCGGGCAAUCAUCGAAACCCAGACUGGACAGAGAGUCACAGAGACAGCUGUCCAACUGCAGCCCUUCCCCUAUCCCUGCCAUCUUCGGGAUGAAUACCUGGAGGCCAUCUCCUUUGUCUUCCCACUCAUGCUGAUGAUGGCCUGGGUGCUGUUUGUGGCUCAUUUUGUGAAAAAACUAGUGCACGAGAGAGAACUGAGGCUGCACGAGUACAUGAAAAUGAUGGGAGUCAACCCGCUCAGCCACUUCUUUGCCUGGUUCCUGGAGUGUGCCGCCUACCUGGUGUUGACCGUAUUCAUCCUCACGCUGGUGCUGAAGUACGGCAACAUCCUGCCCCACAGUGACGGCUUCCUCCUCUUCUUGUACCUCUGCGACUAUAGUUUGAGCGUCCUGGCCUUCAGUUACCUGGUCAGCUCCUUCUUUGACAAGACCUACAUCGCCGGCCUCAGUGGCAGCCUCAUUUACGUCCUCUGCUUCUUCCCCUACAUUGUGGUCAUGACUGUGGAGACGAGUCUCAGCCUUGCCCAGAAGAGCGCCCUGAGUUUGUUUUCCCCGAGCUGUUUCAGUUAUGCCAGCCAAUAUGUCUCUCGCUACGAGGCCCAAGGAGAAGGAAUUCAAUGGAGCAACUCAUACACCUCACCCAUUGCUGGAGACACAUCUUCCUUUGGUUGGCUGUGCUGGCUGAUGCUCAUCGACUCCCUCCUGUACUUCAUCAUCGGGGCUUACAUCCGCAUGGUCUUCCCAGGAAGGUAUGGUAUCCCUGCUCCGUGGUACUUCCCCUUCAAACUGUCCUUCUGGGCUGACCUGUGCUGUUGUGUUAAGUCAAAGAGUCAAGUGGGCAGAGGACUCCUCUUCACCAACAUCAUGCAGAAAAACCUGCCCGUUUUCUGCGACGACAAAGGAAAAGGCCAGAGCAAUCUUUCCUCUCAGACUGGUGAGGACUUCUCUGAUCUUCCAGUGGGCGUUGCCCUCCAUGGUCUCAGCAAGAUCUAUGGCGACCGAGUGGCUAUUGAAAACCUUAAUGUUUCCUUCUACGAGGGCCAUGUCACCUCACUGCUCGGUCACAACGGAGCUGGCAAGACCACCACCAUGUCUCUCCUCACUGGCCUUUUUGCUCCAUCAUCGGGUGCCAUUGAGGUCUACGGCAAAGACAUGCAGACCAACAUUGAUGACGUUCGCAAAGAGCUGGGUGUGUGCAUGCAAUAUGACGUCCUCUUUGAACACAUGACCACCAAGGAGCACCUGCUGCUGUACGGCCAGAUCAAGGCCCCGCACUGGUCAAAGAAGGAACUACAUGAACAAGUCCGCACGAUCUUGGAGGAGACAGGCAUGUACGCACACAGACACAAGCGGGUGGGCACCCUGUCGGGCGGCAUGAAGCGCAAGCUGUCAAUCUCCAUCGCCUUCAUAGGGGGCUCUCGAUUGGUGGUUCUGGAUGAACCCACCACAGGAGUCGAUCCCUGCUCCAGGCGCAGCAUCUGGGACAUUGUUAUCCAGCACAAGAAAAAUCGCACCAUCAUCAUGUCCACCCACCAUCUGGAUGAGGCUGAAGUACUGAGUGACCGCAUCGCCUUCCUAGAGCGUGGAGGAUUAAAAUGCUGCGGAUCCCCCUUCCACCUGAAAGACAAGCUGGGUCAGGGCUACAAACUCACUCUCACCAAGAAGAUGCAGAACGUAGACUCUGAGCAGAUUGACAAUGCUGAACUGAAAUCCUUCAUCCAAGCUCAUGUACCUGAAGCUCGACUAAAGGAGGCCCAGGGUGGCGACCUGAUCUACUCACUGCCCCCCUUCACCUCAUCCAACGCCUCCUCAUAUCGCUCCCUCCUGACCGCUCUGGACUCCAACCUGGACGACCUGCAGCUGGGGGGCUAUGGCAUCUCUGACACCACCCUAGAGGAGGUGUUCCUCCAAUUGACUCAUGGCGACAAAGAAAACGGAGCUGACGAAUGCCUCCCGACCAUCUCGGAGACGGUUUCUGACACUGGAUCCAUCGACAGCUUCCCUUCAGACACUGGAAGCAUCUCCAGCUUCGGUGACAAUAUCCAGCUUACUGGAUCAUCCACGGUGAGUGGCAUGGCCUUGGCCUGGCAGCAGAUGACAGCCAUACUGAUCAAGAGGUUCCACCAUAGCCGCAGAGACUGGAAAGGCCUGAUUUCCCAGAUUCUGCUUCCUGUCCUGUUCGUGGUGUUUGCUAUGGGCCUGGGUUCCGUCAGAAACGAUCUACGGCAUUAUCCUGAGCUGGAGCUUAGCCCUGCGCUUUACAAAAUUGGACCAAGCUACUCUUUCUUCAGUAACCAAAAUCCCGACUCCAGCCGGCUGAUGGACACCAUGAUGUCAUUCCCUGGGAUCGAUAACGCCUGCCUCGACAAGUCCGAUAACCCGGUCUGCAGAAGCAACACAAACAAGUGGAGCUACACAGGAAAUCUCUCCAAAGCAUUUGUCUGUAAAUGCACACGUCAGGAACAGACUUGCGAUGUGCAAGGUUUCCAGCCCCCACAUAAGAAGAUCCCUUCAUCUCAGAUUGUGUAUAACCUGAGUGGCAUAAAUGUGGAAAAGUACCUGAUGGCCACAGCAAAUGACUUCAUCAGGAACAGGUAUGGUGGCUUUGACUUUGGCAUGCCGCUCCCUUCUGACUUACAAAUGGACCUACAAGGUGUGCCCAAAAAUCGUACUCUGUCUAAGGUCUGGUUCAACCCUGAGGGCCAUCACACAAUGCCAGCAUAUUUAAACAGCCUCAACAACCUCAUCCUACGCUCCAAUCUUCCAGCCGACAAGGAUCCACGUGAAUAUGCCAUUUCAGUUUCCAGUCAACCCUAUUUCGGCCGGGCGGAUGAUGAAGAUGUAAUUGUCCAGGGAAUGCUCCAGAUCCUAGUGGCUAUGUGUAUACUGACAGGUUAUUCAAUCACGACAGCCAGCUUCGCCAUCUAUGAAGUCAAUGAGCACCACAGCGGUGCCAAGGGGCUCCAGCACAUUGCAGGCAUCAGUGAACCUUUCUACUGGGCUGUGAACUUCUUCUAUGACAUGAUCAUGUAUCUGCUUCCAGUGACCUUGACUGUUGCAGUGACCGCAGCCUUCCAGAUUCCAGCAUUCACAGAUCGGGAAAAUUUGGGUGCCGUCACCCUGCUUCUGGUGCUCUUUGGGUUUGCUACCUUCCCCUGGAUGUACCUGUUAUCAAGUGUCUUCAAGGAUGCAGAGAUGGCUUUCAUCACCUAUGUGUGCAUCAACCUCUUCAUCAGUGUCAACACCAUCUUAUCUACUUCCAUUCUAUACUUCCUGGGUCAACUUGCAAUGCGCAACCCCGAGAUCAUCCAGGACAUCUUCAAGAAGCUGAGCUACGCCUUCCUAAUCUUCCCUCAGUUCAACUUUGGGAACGGGUUGAUGAAGCUGACUAGGAUGAAUUUGGAGGUCCAGAUCCUCAGCGGCUACGGCAUUGAUGCCUAUCAGAACCCAUUUUCCGUAAAUGCCCUGGGCUGGAUGUUCAUCGCCUCCUUCAUCCAAGGCCUGGUCUUCUUCACCCUGCGCCUCCUGCUGAACAAGUCUCUCAUACGCAAAGUCAGACAUCUGAUUUGUGGCAGAAAGACGGUUCCCCAGGUGGCUUCUGAGGACGAGGAUGAGGAUGUGGCCACUGAGCACCAACGGGUGUCCAGUGGAGCAGCCAGCUCCGACAUACUCCAGGUCACCCAGCUCACUAAGGUCUAUCAACACCUCAAGAAGAAGGUCUAUGCUGUCAAGAGGCUUUCUGUGGGCAUCCCUGCAGGAGAGUGCUUUGGUCUGCUGGGAGUGAAUGGAGCAGGAAAAACUACCACCUUCAAGAUGCUGACUGGAGACGUCAGCCCUACUGAUGGUACAGCACAGAUCAGGGACCGGGAUGGACGGUUGGUAGACAUCAUGGAGUGCCGUAACAAGGGGAUUAACAUCGGCUACUGUCCCCAGGUGGAUGCACUGGACAAUCUGCUCACUGGAGAGGAGCACUUGUAUUUCUACGGUCGCAUUCGCGGGAUCUCAAAGAGAGAGAUGGAUGGGGUGGUGAAGUACCUACUGAAGAGGCUGGAGCUGAACUACCAUAAAAACAUCAUUACUGAUGGUUACAGUUGCGGCACCCGGAGGAAGCUCUCCACUGCGUUGGCUCUCAUUGGACAUCCGCAAAUCCUGCUCCUGGAUGAGCCAAGCUCUGGCAUGGACCCUCGCACCAAGCGUCACCUGUGGAAAAUCAUCUCUGAAGAAGUGAAAGGAAAAUGUGCCGUGGUCCUCACCUCUCACAGCAUGGAGGAGUGUGAGGCACUGUGCAGCCGGCUUGCCAUCAUGGUGAAAGGACGUUUCCGUUGCCUGGGCUCCCUGCAGCACAUUAAGAACAGGUUCGGCAGUGGAUUCACUGUGAAGAUGUACUUGGCCGAGGCCUCCUGUGACACAGAGGCAAUCACUGACUUCAUGCAGACAAAAUUCCCCAGCACUUAUCUCAAGGACCAGCACUCUACCAUGGUGGUGUACCACAUACCAGUUGCUCCAGGUGGGGUGGCUGAAAUCUUUGACCAGCUGGAGUCCAACAAGAAUGCUCUGAAGAUCAAACACUUCUCCGUGAGCCAGACCACACUAGAUGAGGUCUUCAUCAACUUUGCCAUGGGAAAGAUUGGCAUGGAAAACAUACCAAUUCACGAGGACGACAGUGACGACCUUGGCUCCAUUAAGUCAAUAGAAACGUAGAGCUAACUGCCAUCUUUUCUAUGCUGUUUUGGCUGUGUCCACUGUGAAAUGAAACAUCGCAUCUAUUUAUAGUAAAUCAGGCUAAUAUAUGAAAUAAGACCUGAAUCCAUUCAUGUCUUUUACUAAUUAUUUCUUCCAUCUUGUCUGAUAUGAAGGAUACUUUAUAUGUCUAUGCUUACUAAAUUAAAAUUCAUUUUUUAUACACGCACAGAUGUAAAAAAAAAAAAAAAGAGUUUUAUGUUUAUUAACUUUUUUCUCAUCUUACAAUUCUCCAGAUCUCUUUUUUAUCAAUCAUGUAGGUAGGAUAUUAUUUUUUUCUCUGUGAUUGGGACACUGUUUACUAUUAGAAUAUCAUAGCAAAUCAAAAAUACCUAUUUUUCUUUUUAGAAUCAUCAAAGAAGUUAUUUUUUCUGUAAUUGUGUCUACUGGAUGAUAUUUGACAAAAGAAAAAAAAAAUCACGCUCAGAGGAACAUCCUCAAUAUGCACUUUUCCCCUACUCAUUAGCACUUUCUCUGGGGGCAUACCUACCUUUUACAAUGGAUAUAUUGAAUAUUUAAUUGACUAUUUCCCACUUAUAGACCAGUUCAAGAAGUCUUGAAUGUAUCUAACCUACUUGUAUUAUUCUAAUAAAGGUAUUUUUCAAAUGCAA